UGCAAAUCUUAAAUCAAUUUAUAAGCCUACCUAUCUCUCUUGUUCCAUUGCAUUAAAACCAAAUCACAAGCAUUAUACAGUCCCAAAAAAGGAAAAAUCUUUAUGGACCCAAUUAAUCAUUUUGGGUUCUUUGACAACAAUAGUCAUCACCACCUACCGAUUCGCAGGUUUUCACAGGCAGCUCGUGUUGAAGAACAACACCAGUUCCUGUCUGAUGAUCACUCAUCAUGGCAGUUCCUGCAGCACCUUGAUGAUCAAACUUAUCCUUCUGCAGAUACAAUGGAGUACCAAUUUGUUGAUACAUUCUUCAACAAUGAUCAUUAUCAUAGUAACAUAAGUGGGGAUUCUUUAUCUUCACCCGCCGAGAACAACCUGCAGCCAUUUGAUUCGUUCUUGAAUGAUGAAGAUUUGGGCUUUGACAUUGACAUUGAUCCUGACAUUUUCUUGAUGCCUGAUGAGAACACAGAUGUUCCUAUGAUGAUUCAGGAGGAAGAACAGGAUCAAGACCAAACAAAAGUGAAUGAUGUCGACGAUGGGCUUCAGCUGGUACACUUGCUAUUGGCGUGUGCAGAGGCUGUGGGUUGCAGGGACACCCAGUUAGCAGAUUCAAUUCUCUCCCAAAUUUGGUACUCUGCCAACCCUUUAGGAGAUUCUUUGCAACGAGUAUCAUAUUGUUUCGCUAUGGGGUUAAAAGCAAGAUUAACCCUUUUGCAAACGAACAUCAAUGCAAACGGUACUGUUUGGGGAGGAGUGACCCUUGAAACAGAUGUCACCAGGGAAGAAAAGAUUGAAGCUUUUCACUUACUGCAUAAAAACACACCAUACAUUGAAUUCGGAUUCAUGGCUGCAAAUGAGGCUAUAUAUCAGGCAGCCCAGGGGAAGGACAGGUUGCACAUUAUCGAUUUGGGCAUGGAACACACACUGCAGUGGCCAUCCCUAAUAAGGACCCUAGCUUCAACUAAGAGUCAAGAAGUCUUGCCAAAACUGAUCAGGAUCACCGGGAUUUUAGGAGAUCGAGGUGACAUGAUGGAGUUAGAAACCGCCAUGGAAUCCGUGGUGGCUGAAGCUAAUUCUCUUGGAACUGAACUAGGAUUCCACUUGAUUCCCGGGCCAGCAACCCCAGAAAUGUUAACAAGAGAAAACUUAAGAUUGAAAGAAGGAGAAGUGUUGAUAGUAAACAGCAUGCUUCACUUGCAUACAUAUGUUAAGGAAAGCAGAGGAUCACUAAAAACGAUACUCCAGUCGAUCAAGAAGCUAGGACCUACAUUGCUAACAGUAGCAGAACAAGAUGCAAACCAUAACGGGCCGUUUUUUCUUGGCAGGUUUCUAGAAUCGUUACAUUACUACUCGGCUAUAUUUGAUUCACUGGAGGCUACUUUGGGGAGAAACUGUAUUGAAAGAAUGAAAAUAGAAAGAAACCACUUUGCUGAGGAAAUAAGGAACAUAGUGGCAUAUGAGGGAUCCGAGAGGGUGGAGCGGCAUGAGAGGGCAGACCAAUGGCGGCGGCAGUUAGGGAGAGCAGGUUUUCAGGUGGUGGCUGGAAAGAAAGACCGACAAGAAACUGCGCUCAAGGGUUUGAAUAGUGGUGAUGGAUAUACUGUUGGAAUUGAUCAGAAAGGGUAUGCAUUGCUUGGCUGGAAAGGGAGACCCAUCAUGCUUGCCGCCGCUUGGCAACCUAGCUCCCCGCCAUCUUCCUAGAAACACAUUAUUCAUGUUUCUUGCAGUAAACAAAUUUCUACAUUUUUAUGUACCAAAAAUUAAUUUAUUUGUUAAUAAAGGCAGGGGAUUCUUAA